AUGAUUGAUUUAUUAGACCACAUUAUUGAUUUGUAUAAACAAGAUUGGGAAAAUCUUAAAUUGCAACAUGCUGAAGUGAAGGUGAUGACAUCUGAUAAAAUCCAAAGUGUCAAGUCAAAGAUUGAUGCAAUUAGAAAUCCAGAAACUGUUGUUAUUGAUAUAUUAAAUCUUUACAAUGAAAGACCUCAACCGUUAUACAUGAGAUUAUUGAAAUCUCCAAGCUUGUUGAAACUAAAAUUUAAUAAACAUUUGGCAAAAACUGCAUCAAAACCUUUACAAAAGACUUAUGAUUCUACAAUUGAUGAUGAUGAAGCUAGUGAUACGGAGAGCUAUUUACAAUAUGUUACUGUGAAGGACCAGUUGGAUGACGUUUGCAAUGAGUUGAGCAAGUUUAGAGACUCAUCUUCCUCGAAUUAUGAGAACUACCAAGGGCUAGUUGGUGAGAAUCCGUACAAAGAAGAAGAAUACACUUAUAUAUGA